AGGGUCAUGUAUAAACAUAGCUGCUUUACGCGUAGAAACAAGACAGCUGCCAUAAAUUCCAUGAACCGUGUCUGCAGAUCUGCGGAAGAUUCGAGAUAGAGAUACCGGUCAGGGAAUAUUGGAUACUCGAUUUCUUGUCUUGACUGGAGAACAUACUUGCAGAGCCAGAUGUCUGCUAAAGUCGAUUUAAUGAAGAGAAGUUCGUGGGUGAAAAGGAUAGGGGAUUAUUUCGAUGCGUUGGACCUGAACCAAAACGGUUUCUUAACACUAGACGAAUUCUUACAGCUGGCAGAGAAUUUGCAAACUAAGUGCAAUGCCACCCCUUCGGAGAUCACAAAUUUGCGCAUCGAACUUCGUCAGUUCUGGGGUGCCGUGGGUUUUAUGCCAGGAGAGAAAAUUUCAAAGUUGAAGUUCACUGAAGGAUUCAACCGUCUCGCGCGUGAUGAAGUGGAAAGAAAGGAGGCAGGUGACAAAGCCUUGCUCGAACAACUAACCGACGCCUUCUUUGACAUCAUGGAUGCGAACAACGAUGGUACGGUCACUUUGGAUGAAUUAAAGAUUUUCAUGAGAGCUCGUGGUUUGGAUCCAAAUGGAGCCGAGGCUUGGUUUAAAUUAGCUGACCGGGACAGAAAUGGUAAAGUGGAACGACAAGAACUCUUCAGGUACGAGUUUGAUUUCUGGUUCAGGCCCGAUCUCGCGAGCAGCAAAAUGUUUGGCGGAGCUUAUUCGGGUUAUGACUAAGAAAUCUUUUGACUUCAAUCUUCUUCAAGAAUGCCGUGAUGUCUUUCUAUUCUCUAUUCUCUGAGUCAGGUUAUUCGAUUUUAUCAACCGAGUUGUUAAUGUAAAUUGGCCACCGUAGGGAGUUUAACUUUAGAAACUCUCUACGGUGGACAAUUUACAUCAUCACUUAGCCGGAUAAACCGAAUUAUCUUGCAAUACAUCAUUAUCCUCCUCCGACGCAACACCUCGGCUUCUUUAGAAACUUACUCCUUUUAUGCUACGAGCACUCCUUCUGAAAGAAUUUGCAUGUGUUCUGGGAUCUUCAUGGUCAAAGCUCCAUCACGCGAAGAGACGUUUCGAAGAAAAUAAAAACUUGGAGAAGUUUAGAAUAUGUAUUGUACACCGAGUAGAUUCACUGUAUUCAGUGGUGUAUUCAUCGCGUUUUAUCAGCGGCUGCUGUAGUGUCUGCAGUGACAGAAGGUUAAGACACUAUUCUUAAGAGUAAAAUCACAAAGUUCGUCAACAACUACAUUUCCUAAGACCAUUUACAUUAGGAAUUGAAUAUUUAGAUUCAGGCACGUCAUAGAAGCACAUGAGAAAUUCCUAGGUGAAGGCAUUAGACGGCAAUAUUAAACGUUACUCCCAAAUGUC